CUGUUAACUAGUUUAAACACUGGGUUCAUCAGUACAGACGUUCCUUUACAGACACUGAGUCAGUGUGAACGUGUUUGUUAACGUAACAGUCGGUAUUCUUUCAUCCUGGGAUCUCCACUCUCACCACAGUCAGAAGUAAAAGCUACCGUUUGAAACCAACACGAUGUUCUUCUUGUCGUUUGUUCUACUCGAGUUCAUUUCUACCUCUGAAAUCAGUACUUGUGUAUUUUCUGUGGUGGCGCUGCUGAAACUUGAAUCUGUCAUUUACACACGAAGAAGAGACGCCACAACUGGAGCUGUCUCGCCAUUUGUCAGUCUGGCAAAGACAGAGCUUCCUAUUGGCUGGCAGCACAACCGCGCCAGUGAGGCGGAGAAACAGCGGCACAGUCAAACUGCUUCGACAGGGUUUUAUUUACCGCGACGAGAAAUAGAGUCACGUAAAAGCCAUUAACUUGAACCGAACUCCGGAUUAUGUUUGUGGGGUUUUAAUUGAACGCGCGGUUCUGUCCCUUGACGUUUUUAUUUGAUUCCAGCGCUGAAGCUAACAAAGCUAACCGUCGAAGCGAAUAGCAGCAAGUUAACGAGGCUCUGUGACGUCAGCGGGUUUUCUCAGCUGGGCUGACAAGGCCCAGGUACUGCUGUGCCGGUCAAGGUGGGAUGAGCUGCCCGGUGAAGCUCCAUGCUCUGCCGGCAGGACUGUUAGAGGAGGUAUUUACCCCGGAGACGGUGACUGGGAGAAUCUCCACCAACAUGCUGAGGUUCCCCAAGUCCAGAUCAGCUCUGUGGGACUGCAGUCCGGCAGGAGACCAGCUCCGCCUGCAGCUCUGCUCACGCAGGAACCCGCGGCUGCGUCUCUCAGAGAAAGCUCUUCGUCUGGCCCAGCGUCAUGUCCGUCACACCAACAAGCCCCGCCUCCACUGCUUCUUCCUUGGAUCGGUGUCCGUGGACUCCGAUGAGGAGGGGCUCACGGUCAGCCUGGACCGGUUUGACCCAGGUCGGGACCAGAAGGGAUCCUCCGCUCGUGCUCCCUCUGCUCCUCUCCCUGGAGACGUCCUGGUUCCCUGUGUGUUCUCCACAGAGCAGGAAACGCCUGACGCUGUCGUCCAAUCAGAGGCUGAGCUUCAUCACAACUUUAAGGCCCUUCAUCAGUACCUGACCGGUCGACUGACCCUGGAUCUGUCUCAGCUCCUCAGACUCCAGACUCUUGUCUUCUGCUCUCAGUCUGACGACUCGGCGUCGUUCACUCUCAGCUGGUUGGCCGUUUCUCCCUCUCUGGUUCUGGUUGUCCAACCGGUCCGACCCGUUCCCAUCAUUCCCACGGCUCUGGUGAGGAGCCUGACCAGUGUGGGGCGCCCUCUGCAGCCCGUCGCCAGCCGUCAGAGAGGGUUCCUGACCAUGGACCAGAACAGGAAGCUGCUGCUGCUGCUGGAGUCUGAUCCCAAAGCUACGACGCUGCCACUGGUCGGACUCUGGCUUAGUGGAGUCACACACAUCUACAACCCUCAAGUUUUCUCCUGGUGCCUCAAGUUCCUGUUUAGCUCCGCCCUCCAUGACAGAGUUUUGUCAGAAACCGGCUGCUUUCUCUUGGUUCUGUUCGCUGACACUCACAGAACUCCUCAGUUCUUCCAGUGUCGUCCGGCUCCUGGAUCCACUCCAGGUCCUGAACCUAGUUCUGCUUCUGGACCUGCACCAGGGCUCCAGCUGGACUGUGAGCUGCGGAGUGCUGUCCAGUGUGUCACUCUCUACCAGCAGGUGGCGCUGGUGGAGAGUCAGAUUCUGCAGUGUGAGCUGACAGUAGGUCGGGGACCACAGGUGGAGAUCUUCAGGCAAGCGCAGAGCUCCUUCAACAGCGUUCCUCCUUCUGGUCCAGGUCUCUCUGUCAGUGAUCAAGACUCUGGGGUUGAAGAUGAAGACUUGUCUCCACGUCCGUCCCCGAGUCCUCAUCUUCAUGCUCCACAGUCUCGUAGAGUCCAGCCGUCUGUCCCUGAACUGUCUCUGCUGAUGGACAGGAGCUUCACCUCCCAUCAGCGGGACUCUGGCUCCACCCACAGACCUCCUCCAAACACCUCCUCGUCCUCCUCCACUCCAGCUUUAAGACCUGACAGGAAGUGUCCUCCACAGCGAGCAGGGAACGCUUCCUCCUCUUGUUCCUCCUCUUGUUCCUCCUCCUCCCGAUGCCCUGGCCAUGCUCCUCUGACUCCUCCUCCACGCCUCCACAGCACCCCCACCACUCAGCAGCCCCAGCCCUGCUCCUGUUGCCACGCCCACUCUUGUCGGCCCACCGGCAUCUACCCCUCCCCCUCCCUCCCAACUCCUGACCGACAACUGCGCCUCCUGCAGGCUCAGGUCCAGAUGCUGUUGGAGGCUCAGGCCAAGAUUCAGACCUCCAGGCAGCAGGAGGAGCCAAAGAGCACCAACAGCGUUGCCGUGGGGACAGGUUCCAGUCUCUUCUGGUCUGACCCGCUCCAUGAGGCUGAAGCUCCGCCCACUUCCACCUCCUUACCUGAGCCCUGUGUUUCUGUCAGAGGAGCAGAGAACUGUGACAUCACACAUCCAGCUGCUCCUGCCUCCCCCACUCUGCAGCUCAGUGGCUCAGCUGAUCCUCCUCAGAGUCCAGAGAGUGUGGGUCUGGUCAGACAUGAAGACCAGCAGAGCUUCUACCACAGUCUGAUGACUCAGCUGACCAGUCGUCUCCAGGAGUCCAGAAACAGACAGGAAGUUGAUGAGGGGGAGGAGCCCUGUCACAGGAGGAGGAGUCUGUCCACAACUCCAGACUCCGCCCUGUCCUCAUCUUCAUGUUUGAGGGGGAAUCAGCUGGAGGAGAGGGAGGAGGUGAGGAGGAGGAGGAGCCUUCCUGCAGAGGCUGAUUCUUCCUCUUCGUUAAGAAGGAAUAAGUGGGAGAAAAAGGAGGAGGAGCUCAGGAGGAGGAGGAGCCUGUCAGGGAGGUCCGUCUCCUCCUCGGUGUCUGACACAGUGGUCGGUGCCACCGUGAGGCAGCUGCAGCAGCUGGGGGUGGACGUGGACGGAGACGAGCUGACGGAGUCGUCGAGACGGCGCCUCAGAGCCGUGGAGAGUGCUGGGACCCUGGCCAGCAUCAACCCUGCGGCGCUGCUGUCCACUCUCAGCGUGACAGAUCCUACGGUCAGCUCUCUGUUUCCUGGCGCCAGCGUUGACCUGAGUCUGGAGGCCAACGCCAUCGCGCUGCGUUACCUCAGCGACUCCCAGCUCAGCAGGUUGUCUCUGGGAGGCCACGCCUCCUGCUCGAGCCCCACCCCCUCCUACGGCUCCAUGCUGUCGCCAAGCGACAUGUCUUUGGCCACCAGGAAGUACAUGAGGAGGUAUGGCUUGAUCCAGGAGGAGGAGGAGGAGGAGGAGGAGGCAGAGCACCAACAACGGGAAGAGGAAGUGGAGGAGGAGGAGGAGGAGGCGGCCCUGAACGUCAGCCUCCUCCAACGGAGUCAGCUGAUCAGAGAGCUGCGGCCAAAGAUGCAGGUGUUUUCCAGAAACAUCACAGCUAACAGCGCUAACAAAGAAAACUGCCCCAGCGGGCGGCCAUCAUUAGUGAGGGCGAGCAGCCGGCAGUCGGAGGCUUCAGUGGGAAACAUCCUGGACCUGAGUCGCCUGAGGCAGCUGCCCAAACUCUUCUGAAGCUGAAGCUGAGUCUGAGGCAGAGAAGCCACGACAACAACGACAACAACAACGACAACACGCUGCCUCCACACCUGUCACAACAACCGUCCACAGGUCCACACACACACACACACACACACCUGUGGUCCUCUGUGCUAAUUCACUCGAGACAAACAGCACUGUGAUGAGGUCACAUGAUCAAACACAAGUCAACACACAUGAAUAUAUUCACCUUCUCUGAGGACUGAUGAACAGGUGUAAGAUCAAGUUAGCUGUUAGCCGUUAGCUGUUAGCCGUUAGCAAUUAGCUGAAGAACCAAGUUUAGACAAACUGAUCAGAAUGAAGUUUUAAAAACGUUGUUUUUUCAUCGUUACUACAGUGACUGUUAAAGAUCAGGUGAAGCAUCUAUAUUUUUACUUUAUAUUUAUAGUCGACUGAUGUGUGUAUUUUAUAUAUGUGCGUGUGUGUGUGUGUGUGUGUCAGAUGAUUUGGCUAUUUUAGACCCCACUAAUAAACCCUGGUCACUCUGAACACACUGCUCCACUUCGACGUUCUUCAAAGAUAAUAUUCUCUGACAUUCAAAGGAAAACUUUUCAAAGUAUUAAAAUGUAUUAUUAUUCUUUUUACCUUCUUCUUUUUCUUUCGGCUUUGUUCCUUUUUUCUCUCCAGGAGUUGCUACAGCAGAUCAUUGAUUUCCAUCUGUCCCUGUUCUCUGCA